UCUCUCAAGAGUUCAGCAAGUGGUCAGUUCUCCGUCAUGGAUCAAGACAGACUCAUCCUUCGUGAUUAUAGAUUCGGAGAGAUACAAUAUGCGAGGGACGGACGACAACCCGUGGUGAAGGUCCUACACGCUCCUGUAUACCAAGCCAGGUCCCCGUACCAAUACCACGAUCCCUUGGAUCCUUACCGGGACCCCAGUACCAUCAAGCCACCCUCGGCACCCAUCCAGUACGCCCCAAUCACUCUAACUCCUUAUCCCUACCAGCACAUUACCCAGGGAAACUCCCAACCCAGAGCUAUGCCCAUGCCCACAGCCCCAGUCACAGUGGCACCAGUACUCUACCAACCCAUCAACUACCCAAGUUAUUGAGUAUCUGAUGACUAAUAAUCUAUUUAUGAUGUUUAUUUCACUUGCCAACUUUUAUGUACAAAAAAGCUUCUCAAGUAUUGUCACCAAUUAUUGCAACACUCUGUAAUAUAGAGGUGUAUUAAAAUUAAUAAAUAGUCUUCCACCUACAAACUGGACUGUUUACCAUACUUAUUCUUCUCAAGCUUGGGGAAACUUCGACCACACAAAUUGUAAUUGUAACAGACUCUCUUAUUUCAUUACUUGCUCUAAAUAGCCUGGGACCUGAAUGUAGUAUGCUAAAAUGUUUGAGUAU